AUGCCAAGACAGUCUGUAACAUUGUCUUACAGUGCAACCCCCAACUCAUGCACUGAAGGCGAUCUUCUAGAGGGAGUUGAUGUCAUCACACUCACUGGGGAAAUAAACCUGGAAGGUCAAAAUUCAACUGAUUGGAACCUUGAUAUUCCAUUUCAGUUUAGAAAGAAUGGUGCUCUUCAGUUUCAAACUCUCUGCACAGUUUAUAUGAGCAGCUACUGCCAGACUGGCGGCAGUGAGUGUUACUGUACAUCACGUUCAGGGAAUGUUUACCACUUCACAUUCACCAGGUUAGCUGCUCUUUGGCUGAGUAACUCCACAGCAAUGACUGAGCUGGCAAAGUUGAACACAACUGAUGUAAUAAGGGCUUACACUGAUGUCCCUAUUAUUCAUGGUAAAUGUUUGGCUUUUCUUGUUGCUUUAAAAAUUAAUGAAACCACGGUCAGUACAACGCCAAAUCUUGCUUCUACCCCCAACCGGAGCCAGGUACCCGUUAGAGCUGAGAGAACUGUUGUGCUCUACCAGUCAACCAGCGGGUUCAUGAAAAGACCUGAGUCAAGUCUGCUUGAGGAAAAUGUGAACCCACUAGCUUAG